CUUCGGCCUAAUAUGGCGGCCCCCAUGAACUGCCUGCCGCGCUCCUCGGGCCAGGGGCCGCGAGGUCUUGCCCUGGCCGCGUUUUUGGGGGGGCUGUUUCACUGCCUUUGGGGAGUCCGCGGCAGCGCGGGAGCCUGGAAUUCCUUGGACGAUGACCUCUUGCUGCCAUAUCUUCCUGCUCGGCAUGGCCCACGGCACCACCAUCGGUACGUCCGAGAUUGCCAAGCUCUCCUGCGUGGCAACACAACGCACGAAACCUGGCCCAGCGACAACAACACUGCCUCCCCCUUGGCCGUUACAUAUGAAUUCGUUUCGGAUUUCCCGCCGCAUGGCCCAAAUCGUCGACAGGUGUACGGCCACUUGACGAUUGUGCGGGACCCCCUGAGGACGUUUUCUGUCCUAGAACCCGGCGGGCCAGGGGGCUGCCGUAUCCGCCGCAGAGCCACUGUGGAAGAGACAGUAAGCCAAAGCCGGUGCCUUGUGGCCCAGAAUGGGGGCUAUUUUAAUACAAACACUGGAGAAUGCUUAGGGAAUGUUGUCAGCGAUGGGCAGCUGGUGCGGACCUCUGGUGGAGUGCAAAAUGCUCAGUUUGGUAUCCGGAAAGAUGGCACCUUAGUCUUUGGCUACCUCUCUGAGGAGGAGAUCUUAGCUACAGAGAACCCCUUUGUGCAGCUUGUCAGCGGGGUGGCUUGGCUUCUGCGAGAUGGAGAGGUCUAUGUGAAUCAGAGCCAGGUGGCAGAAUGCGACAAGACCCAGGAAACAGGGACUUUUGACACUUUUGUCAAUACUUUGUCUGCCAGGACGGCUGUGGGGCAUGACCGACAAGGACAGCUCGUGUUGUUUCACACCGAUGGGCAGACGGGCGUCAGAGGCCUGAACCUCUGGGAAAUGGCAGAUUUCCUGAAGCAGCGUGGCGUGGUGAAUGCAAUCAACCUGGACGGUGGAGGAUCAGCUACUUUAGUCUUAAACGGAACACUUGUUAACUACCCCUCGGAUCACUGCGCUUUUGACUCUACCUGGCGCUGCCCUCGGAGCAUUUCGACCGUUUUGUGCAUCCAUGAGCCUGCCUGCCAACCUCAAAACUGCAGCGGGCAUGGGCGCUGCGUGCUUGGGCAAUGCCACUGCAGUGGAGCCUUCUGGAGUGGGCCAGCCUGUGAUGUCCUGGAUUGUGGUCCUUCCAACUGCACUCUUCAUGGCAUGUGCACUGAGAUGGGAUGCCUCUGUGAUGCUGGUUGGACAGGUGUGAACUGCACCCAAGCUUGUGCCAGCGGCACCUACGGAGACGGUUGCGCUCAGCAAUGCCUCUGCCGCAACGGUGGCACGUGUGACCCUGUGCGUGGAUCCUGCACUUGCCCAGUGGGCUUCCAAGGAAUCUUCUGUGAAGAAGCAUGUCCUCUUGGACGAUACGGAUCAAACUGUCAGCAGAUCUGUCAGUGCCCAGACCAGUGUUACUGUGAUCGGAGGACGGGCAGUUGCAAUAUUUCUCUUGACUCAACCAUCCUGGAUGACUUAGCCAAAGCUGGGCAAUGCCUGCUACUAGCCAGCCCAAAGGAAGAGUUCUUUUUCUCUGAGAAAGCCUGGAUUGGAAUAACACUUGGUUUGCUUGUCCUGCUUUCGCUCAGCGCGUUGGCGAAUGUCAAGCUGUUCCUCUGCAACUCCACAAAGUGUCACAAACGUGGCCAAUACAGCUCUAUCCCCCUGGAGGACAUGAAUGGGGAGACCAGACACCGGGGUCUGCCGGACCCUUGGGAGAUCGACGACCCCACGGAGACUGCCUGGGACUCAAAUCAAUUAGAAAGUGUUGAACUGCUCUGAUCAAAAGAGGCUCUCUUCCAUGGAGCAGAAUCUUCUGGAGAUGCCAUCAGUCUUCAAUGCAGAAGUUUGCUCCUUCCAGUGGGAAUUGGCUGCCAUUUUUCCUUAUUGCCUUAGCUGGAACCGGUGGCCUAGGAGCCAGGGUUCAGGGGCCAUGAGAGCUUAUGGUCCAAAUUGUAUGAAAAUACCAUCUCCCACCUGCAAGUUUUGGAAAGAAGGUGAACAUUGGUCACUGGAACUGGCCAUCUCCCUAACGCUUCAACAGAACUGCACAGCAGCGUCUUCUCAUUGAAAUGCUGUAGAAGCUGAUGAUCUGAGAAUGGGGAAGUAAUUUUUGGAUUGUUUUAUGAGUGAGGAUUCCUCCUGUCUGGCAACAGCAGGGUGCUUCCUUCAGAAACCUUAUCCCAAAAUGUUUAUUUGUCCCCCCCCCAUCCCUUCCCGUCCUCCACACACCAGUCCUCCUGAAAAAAAGGGGGAAAAAGGCAAGGACCUUGUAGUUCUCUGGACGUCUUUGGACCACAGCUUCCAUCAUCCCUCUUGGUGGCUUGGCCACCUAGAGCAGAUGGGCUUUGGAGCUAACCAGUUUUUGGAGAGCUGCUGUUCCUCUAAACGGUGCUGCAACGUGGGCCAAGUGUAUGUGCCAACCUGUUUUAUUACUGCCUCCAAAUACAUGCGCAGGAAAGAGGUGGAGUGUUAUGUUGUGCCUGACAUGUUAAUGCUGUGCUGAUAAGCCAAACCACUUAAUCGGACUGCAGUGCUGCUUUCUGAUGAAUUUAUGAAGGAUAGGGUGAUGAUUAGCAAACCUGAGUUACUGAACCCUUGGGGACAAUGGAGAGGACUUUAUCUUCUUCACCGUUACUUGUACAUGCAGAUUUUUAUGCCAGCUCUUCCCAUUCAGUGCUUUUAUUUAACAGCAAACUUUGUUUUUUACUUUUUCGUACACCAGACUUGCACUUGGGUUGUGUAAGCUACGGUACUGAUCUAAGGCAGCUUGGAGGUUCUUAAGUGGUUUUAGCAGACCGCAGCGGGUCCCCAUCGAUGUAAUCGGUACCAGCUUGACUCUUAGGAAUCCCUGCUUCGCAGGAAACUUGCAUUUUCGUAGAAAAUUGCAUUUUUGUGACAGCUGGCAAAGCGUAUUCUGCAAUGGAGAAAGCAUAUCCUUCGCUUCCAGAUCAGGCUGGGGAGAAUUGAAACCAGAAAAAAGCAUUGGCCAUUUUAGACAAUGUAGAACCCUUGAGAUCAGGUGGAGUUUCGUGAGUGGUCUCUGAACAGUUUAAGCCAGUGUUGUCCAAACUUGGCCACUUUGAGUGGACUUCAACUCCCAG